UUUAAAAACCAACAGGCCACCGACGUGACCCGACCUUGCUGCACCGUUAAGACCGUGUAAAGUUCAUGAAGUCUGUCACUGACAGUGUCAGUUGAGGGAUACGAGACCAUUCUCCUCCCCAAAGCUUUUAUAAAGAAACUUGAGCCGUGGUGGUGAAGAUAUAGCAGUAAAAUGGGGAAAAGAAAUCGAAAACAGAAGAAAGAGGCAACAAGUUCUGAGGGGAAAAUCGCUCCAGUACCUGACAAGUCACCCAGGAUCAGUGAAGAGAAGCCAGCCUUCGCAGAACUUAAAGAAGAAACAAAAUCCCCUCAAUUACCUGCAAAAGAUGACAAAUCCAGUAAAAUUACCAGCUACUUCCCCAAGAGCCCCGAGGGCCGCCAGAAGCCAAUUCACCCACCGGCAGAGUCACUGUCAGAAGUAGCAGAACAGGACAAAUUACUGGCUGCUGUUACCCAUCUCCCACCACCCAGCCUACUCACGCCAGACACGACGCCGACCAAAGAGUACACCCAGCCACCUCCCAACCCAAGGCACCACACUGGUCCCCUGCCCCCUCGCCAGAGUACCUCAGAGACCCAGGAUGCCCGAGGGGAACCUGCAGGCCGCCCCAGAGCAGCCCAGAAGUUGGACUACGGCACGGCAGCCCACAGAGAGGAAGGUGCCAGAGACGAUGGCUCCACUGAGGACAAGGUGGGAGGGGUCGAGAGAAAAGAAGGAGUUUCCAAGAUGGAGGACGGCAAACCCAGCCGAAGAGGCAGAGGAAGAUCAAGAAAGACAAAGCAGAACAAGCAAGUCCACUCACCCUCCAUGACGCUGAAGGAUUACUUCCCGGUCCGGAGAAGUAACCGACGAUGCAAAAGUGCGAUUGAGAGUAGUCUUGGCGUGGAUGCCACAGCAGAGUCUGGUCGCAUUGGCCGUCUCCUGAACCACAGCAAGUCCGGCAACUGUACCACCAAGCUCAUCAGCAUUGACGACCGACCCUACCUGAUUCUGGUCGCUGCCCGGCCCAUCACCGCUGGUGAGGAGCUGGUCUACGAUUACGGUGAUCGAAACAAGGAAUCACUGAGGUCCCACCCAUGGUUGGCACUCUGA